AUGGACGACCUGCUCUCCCCGUGCUCCUCCUCCUCCCCGCCCUCGCCGCCAUCCUUCUUCUCCCACGCCGGCCUCCACCCAGUCAUCGAGUUCGCCUCCUGUGAGGUCCCCGAGCAAUGGCUGCUCGACGACGUCGUCGUGGCCAAGAACGAGGGCUACGACGACGUGGACGACCUGUGGCCCGUGGGGAGCUCGCUCUCCCCAGACUCUGAGCUCACCGAGCAGCCGCUUCCUCGCCAGCCACCGCCACCGCCGCCGCCGCAGCAGGCGGAGCUGAGCGUCGUCAAGGCUCCGGCGCAGCAGCGCCCCGGGAAGCGGCGGGGGCGGAAGCCCGGGCCCCGCCCGGACGGCCCCACCGCCAGCCACGUGGAGGCCGAGCGCCAGCGCCGGGAGAAGAUGAACCGGCGGUUCUGCGACCUCCGCGCCGCCGUCCCCACCGUAUCGCGCAUGGACAAGGCCUCCCUCCUCGCGGACGCCGCUGCCUACAUCGCGGAGCUGCGCGCCCGCAUCGCGAGGCUCGAGGCCGAGUCCAGGCGGGCCGCCGCGGCGAGGUGGGAGCCCGCCGCCGUAGCCGCCGCCGCCCCCUGCGGCGCUCAUGAGGGGCCGGGAGCCGGCGGCGGCGCCGACGAGGAGGUGGAGGUGCGGAUGCUGGGGCCGGACGCGGCCGCGGUGCGCGCGACGAGCGCGGCCCCGCACGCGCCCGCGCGGCUGAUGAGCGCGCUCCGGUCUCUGGAGCUGCACGUGCAGCACGCCUGCGUGACCCGCGUGAACGGCAUGACCGUGCAGGACGUCGUGGUUGACGUGGCUACCCCGAUGCAGGACGACGACGACGGCCUCCGCGCCGCGCUGCUCCAGAUGAUGGAGGACAGCGCGGCUACCUAG